CAUGCCGGGUAAGAAUGAUGGCGUCUGCGGGCUGUGCGGAGGAAUGAAGUGGUGGACCACUGCCUGUUUCCCCGGUGAACCCGCGCUGUCAGCGGCCUCAGCUGUUUCCUCAGAGCGGAGCUGCAGGUGUUACUGAGCGAUGAGGAGUGGCGUGCUGUUGCCUCCAGGCAGCCUGGCUGUUGGACUAUGCUGUGUUUGUCCACUGGGUGGCGCCUCCUGAGCCGAGCUCGACCCCCCCGCGCCACCGCUCUGUCCGUCACCAUGUACGCCACUCGCCUGUACAGCACUGCGGGGGGAGGAGGAGGGGGCGGGGGAGGGGGCGGGGUUAAACCGGGGAGGAGGGCGGGGCUGGCUGUGCUCGAGGCGCCUCACACUCCACAUCCCCACCUCCCCCACCACCCGGGCCCACCUCCCCCCGCCUACCCGCUGUACCAGGGCCGCCCCGACGGCCACCGAGGAGCUCACUUUCACCACCACUACCACCCCCAUCCGCAGCCCGCCCACCUUGCCCCGCCCCCGCUGCCCCCCCACUACCAGCACCACGCCCACUUCCAUGCUUACGGAGGCGGGGCUCCAGCUGCAGCGACCGCUGGGGGCAAGAAGAAGACGUGGAACUUCAUCCAUGAGAAGAUGAGCUAUGACACGUUCUUCACCAUGAAGCGUCUGAUUGAGCGCUCGCGGCGGCCCGACGAGGUGCUGCGCUGGGUCACUCAGAACCCGGCCAAGAUCUCCCACAACCACUACCCCGUCGCCCUGCAGAAGAUCGGACAGCUGCUCCAGGCCGCGCCGCCACGGCCUGGCGGGGACGCCGACAGCGAGGCUUCGGGAGGAGCGGAGGGGAGUGAUGGGCGCCACAUCCUGGAACAUCAGGACUUCCAGACUCUCUGCAGCGCCAUCGUCAACGACUGCGCAAAGUUCGACAACUUCAGCAUCGUCAACUGUCUGUACGCCGUGGCAGCGCUUGGGCUCUCCAGCGACUCUCAGGUGGUCCAGGUGUUGGAGGCGGAGUCUCAGUCCAGACUGAACCAGUUUAACCAGAAGGAUGUGUCGAUGGUGUUCAGCUCCAGCAUGAAGCUGCAUCCUGGCAGCCAGCACCCGCUGACGGAGGCGUGCCUGGCCGGCCUGGAGAAGAACCUGGAGCGAGAGCGCCACCCGCAGACUCUCUUCCUGCUGCUGUCCUACUACAGACUCAAGUGGCGCUCACUACAGCCGCAGGAAGCAGCUGCAGCUGCGCCUGCGGGGAGCGCUGUGACUGCAACCACUGCUAACAACAACACACCUCCGAACCCUGAACAACUGCUCGCCAACAGAAAAAUCCUGCGUCUGGUCAAACACACUCUGGCCAGUGUGAGCGGCGUUCGUGACCAGGAGAUGGCGCUCCUGGACGAGAUGUUGGCGGCGUGUGCUCGAGAGGCGAGCAACAAAAGUUUGGAGUUGAUCUUCAGCUCCCACCUGUUCUACCAGAACCGACAGGAGAGGUUCAUCAGCAGCCUGGCAGAGGAGCUGCCGAAGAAGGUGGACAGCAUCACGCCGUACACGAUGGCUCUGAUCGCCAAGUACAUCGCUCGCCAUCGCCUGAGAGAGACCCGCCUGCUCGACACCAUCGCCGACUUCCUGGUGAAGAAAGCCGAGUACCUGGACAGUAAGGUGAUCCAGAAGCUGGUGUUCCCGUUCAGCAGGAUGAGUUACCGUCCGUCCGGCGAGCAGCAGUUCUUCUCUCGGCUGGAGGAGGUGGUGGAGCUGAAGGCGCUCAGCUCGCCGCUCGCCACCGUCAACAUCCUGAUGUCUCUGUUCCAGCUGGGACACUUCCCCGGCCUGGUGCUGCACCGCGUCUUCUCCUCUGCGUUCAUCAGCAACGUCACUAACAGUCCGUACGCUCUGAUCGUCCGGCGCUACCUUUCGCUACUGGAUGCUGCUGUGGAGCUGGAGUACCGCGAGUACACGGGGCCACGACUGCAGGACGCUCACAAGGUGCUCAUGUUUGACCACGCACUGACUGCUGACGAGGUCAACCGCAAGUACAGUUAUAAAGGUCUGGUGGCCGAGGCUCUGCGACAGCUGGUUGGAGAACAAAACUACAAACAGGACGAAGUACUCGCCCCGGGAUACUACACAGACUUCGUGCUGUGGAUGGACUCUUCUGGUCGGGUUCUGCCCGUGCGACCCGGCGCUGGUUUGGCCCUCAGCAUCGUUCCUCCGUCCUGCGUCGCCGUAGCGUCCAAGCCAGCUGACGGUGCAGUUACUGUGACCUCAGAGUUCCAGAAGUUCUCUCCAUUUGUGGCACUGGAGGAGGGCGGUGAGCCUCCGCUGCAGCCGAGUGGGGCCAUGGAGCCCAGGUCUUUCCUGCCCCACCACAUCCGCAGCACGGCAGGGGCCACAGUGACCUCGGGGGCCCCUCGGCCCGGGGCUAACGGCGGCCCCUUGGAUUAUGGGCCCUACUAUGUCCCUGCCACUGAGUAUUACUCCGGUCUGGCCAAGGAGCAUUCGCUGGAGAGCCAGGACAGCUCCACGCUCAGCAGCCCCCCCUCUGACAGCCUGGCCCCGCCCGGGGCCCAGGGGUCUGCAGGGGCCACCGCCCCAGACUCACUCUUCCAGUUCUCCAUUGGGAAAAUCCUGGAGGACGAGGGGGGGGCGGGGGCCCCUGCGGGCCAGGGGGCAGACUGCGAGCUGCCGGGGUUCUAUGAGGGAGUGACAUACCCUGAGGGGUCCGGGGCCGACAGAAGGCCCUCAUCACCGCCACAGCUCCACCCCCCUGACCGGCCGGACCCCGACAACCCCCCAACAGACCAGAGACAGAUCAGGAGGGUCAUCAUGUCCGUGAAUGACAAGUGGCAUUACUGCCACAACUCGGAGGUUCUGGUGGGUUCCAGAGCCAUGAGGGAUCGCCACCUGAGGCUACUGGGAUACAUAAUCUUGCAGCUGCCGUACCACGAGCUGGAGAAGCUGAACGGCAUCGAAGAAGUGAAGCAGUACCUGCACAAGAAGCUGCUGGACGUCCCGCUAUGACGCUCUGUGUGUGUGUGUGUGUGUGUGUGCGCGUGUGUGUGUGUGUGUGUGUGUGUGUGUGUGUGAUGUCAUGGCUGGUUUGGGUUGGUAGUUUGAAUCCUGGUCGGGGUCAGAGGUCAGCAGACGUCCUGCACAUGAAUCUUCUGUUUGUUUUAUUAAUCAAUUUGCUUUUCUGUCACAAACUGAAUAUUUUGGGUUUUGUUGGUUCGUUUUCAGUUUUGUGACAUUUUAUAAUGUAAAGAACUGGAUCAUUAAUUGAUCAGAACAUUGAUGUGCAGGUCGACUCCCAUCAGGCUGUCCAGCUCUUUAAAGGACCCCCUUACUGCUUUCUGACCUCUUUCCAAAUCAGCCCUCAGCUUUCAGAAUGAUCUUCUUCCUUCCAGCCAGCCGGCGGUUUCUUCUCACCUCUGUAAGAAUCAGCAGCCGCCAACCAAACUCAUCUGAGCGUUUAAGAAAACAUUAGUUUUAUGUACAAAUAUAAGUGUUGAAUUAUAUUUUCAGUUCUGCUGUUUAUUUUAUUUUAAUGUCGUUUUUUUGCCUAAAAACAGUCAAAUUUAGUCUAAAAAGUAUCAGAAUCAGCCUUUGAAGAUAAACCCAGAAAUAUUACCGCCGUGAUGUCAUAUUAUCAUCGGGUCAUGUGUUCAUCAGGUGCUUUAAUAACGCCGUGGUGCGUUCAAAGACACUCUGAUUAAAUGAUGACCUCUGUUAUUCAAUAAUCAAACCAAGACGAUAAAUAAUCGUCAAACUUGGACGUUGUCUGUCAUUAAAAACAUUUUCCUGGCUGCUCUCACCUGCGCAGGUGUGCUGGUGAGUUGAUUUGUGAGGUGUCAUCAGAGAGCAGCGGAUUGGUCCUUUAAUGUGUGUGUUGGCGUGAUCUGAUUGGUCGCUGUGUGGAUGAACAAACUGAUUAUAUCUUUUGUUUGUUUAGGGGGUGGGGGGUGGGGAGUCCCUUUUUAUAAUGUUUGGUAACCGUGGAAACGAUGAUGAUGCAUGUGUGGGACUGCCAGCAUUUUAUAAAAUCAGACUGUGGGGAGAGCAGUGGCUGAUGGGUAAUGUAGUUCUGUGUAUGCGCACGACUGUAUGGCAGGGAGUGGAGGUGUGUGUUACCAUGGUAACGCAGUGUGUGUGUGCCAAAGCAGGAGGAGCCGGUGAUUACUGUUGGGGGUCAAAGGUCAGAUUAUUUAUUUGUGUAUCAGGUGACGGACUGACGGAUGUUUGUUUAUAUUCUAUAAAUCUAUUAAUUCAAAUGUCUAUAAAACUGAAACAAACUCAA